AUCAUGCUAACUAGAGUAAAGAGAAUAAAUAAAUGAUUGAAAUCCAAUGAAAUGGAGUGAUUCACCAUGUUAUUUGCCUAUAUGUUAAUAUAAACAAAACAAAACAACACAGGAUAAUCAUGAUUACAAAAAUGACACAUCUCUCGUACACGAAUGUAGUAUGAGUCAGAGUUAACUUGUAUGAAUGUCUUAUGCAUGACGUUAGAGUAUAACAAGCCAAUAUCAACAAUAAGAAGGUAUGAUGCUUUGUUGCUAGAAACUCUUGAGUGUAAGUGAAUAUCUAGUUUUGAUGAAACGGGAAAAAGUUUUUAGUUUCAUGUGAUAUUGGAGAAAACCAAACUAUCGAUUCAAAUGUAUAUUCCACUAAACUCACCCAAACAUAACAACUCGUGAGACAUAUGUCUUCCUUUCACCAUGGAGUCCAAUAUCAACAUAAUAAGUGAUAGGGAAUCAUUUUUGAAUGAUUCAUAACAAGCCUAACAACGGUACUUGUAUUAUCCCUUGUGUAUGUGUAUCUUCGUAAUGUUGUUUAACAUCUUUUUUUGAAAUCAAACCCUUUGGGGGAAGAUGACCUAAAAAACCAUGAUUGUCAUGUCAAGUGGUAUGGGUCACGAAAAUUGCGUGAACACUACCAUUAUGAUCGGCAUGAAUACCAUCGGUAUGAUCGAACUUUGAGGUCAACCCAUGGGAAGUUGGAGGGUGCACCGCAGACUUUAAUUGUUUGGGGACAGUGGGGCCCAUAGCUCCCUUAAAUGAUCAACCAUGGACCUCUAUCACUUAGUUUUCGUUUCUGCAAAAUCUAAGACUCCCCUCCCCUUGUUCUUCCUCAUCUGAUUGACUAGUUAUGUCUGUUGCUUCUUCACUUUGAAAUCUCUCUCUCUCUCCCUCUCUUUCCCAUUUUAGAUCUUUUCUUCUACUUUGUCCAUUGCUCCUCACUUGAAUGGAAGCAUGGAACAGCCACGGGCCUUUCCAUGCAACAACUCUACCAAACACUAUGACUCUAAGAAAGACAUUAAGCAGCAUUACGAAAAUACUCACAAGGGUGAUAACAAGUAUCCUUGUGAGAGUUGCUACCAAUCCUUCAAAACCAAGAACUUGCUCAAAAUCCACACUAUUGAGAAGCAUAAUAAGUUAUGCAGGUUAGUUUCUCUAUAGUCUUUUUGUUUCUCUGUUCUUGUUCUAUCUUUAUCUAUCUUUCUUUUACCCGUUUGGUCUUUCGAGAGCUUUGCUAGCAAGCAUUUUCUACGUCGUGGUUCUUGUCUUUUUUUCUUUCUUUCUUUGAGUCUCCCAUUCACAGAUUACUCGGUGAAACAGGGGACACUAGCGUCAACUUGCAAAAUUAACGUAAAGGCAAAAACAGAGUGUCACAUAAAAGCAGCCAUGGAAACGCUAGGUUCAGAGGGGAAAAAAAUAAGAACUACUAUGCUUGGGAGCUCUCUUAGAGACAGACGGUAGAAAAGAUGGAUAAAGACAAAAUAAGAACAGAGACACAAAUCGCUUUACCUGUAUCACUUCUUGUGCUUCUCCACUCCAUGAAUAUUGAGAAGAUUCUUAGUCUUGAAAGACUGAUAACAUGUUUUGCAUGAAUACUUCUUGUCCACCUUAUGUUUUUUUUUUCAUAGUGCUCCUUGAUAUGCUUUUUUGUGUGAUAUCCUUUAGUGAAAUUGUUACAUGGGAAUGAUUUUUUUGUUUCAUGGUUCCAUUCACAAAGGAGAAUAAGAGGGAGGAGAAUGGAGAGAGCUGUUUCAAAUAGAAGAAUCACAGGGCACAAAUUCGUUGAGGAAGAGGUAAGGUUUAGGUUGCCGAAAGGAGGACUAGCUGUGACAGAAGCCUAUGGUCGAUCGUUUAAAGGAGGUUGCUGGGAGGGAAAAAAGAUAAAGUGGAUCCCACCUCCCCAAACAGUUACAGGUGGGGUCGACCCUCCCAAUCCUCCAGCUAGGCCCCCAUUGGAGCAACUUGGGGCGAAAGAAAAAGGCUUCGAUGCCGCUUCAUCCAUGUUCAAAGGAUGACACCUGCAGAAAACCCAUAAGUUCCCUGGCAUUAAACUGCAAACAAAAGGGAAAUGGAAACCUGCCUUAAGAUCAAAUUUGUGAAAAUAUCUGCUAAGUAACUAUUUGCUUCCAACAGUUGGUUGUACAACUUCUCCCUGCUUCAUUGAUCUCCAUCUUGAGAUUGUCAUAUUGAGCAACUGUACAAUUGGAGCAAUUAGUGAGACAUGGGUCUCAAGAGAGCAAAACCCCUCCUUGUGUUACUAAUGUUACAUACUUAAAAUCACCUAAUGAUUAAACUGCAGUUGCUAUUUGGUUUACCUCGGGAUUGUUGAAGUGGUGCAUUGAUGACCUUUAAACGACAGCUGAGAAUGUUCUGACCUUAUGGCAUGUAGUAGAUCAGAUGAACACGUAACCAACGUAACCACAGUUCCAGUCUCAGCCUUGCGGUUCACCCGACAGCUGACCCGUUUUUUUCUGAGUGGACGAAUGAUGUUGCUGAUAGACUGGCAUUCUCCGAGGUAACCAAAAUGAACUUGAAAUCAGAAUUGCUUUUCUGUUGUAAUUUGAACAGAUCAGUGUGAUAUUUGUUUGAGAGUGGAAUGUAAAUGACGGUGUACCCGGUUCUUUCGAACGACACCGUGUUCUCGGUCCCCAUGACGGAGACUGUGUGGACCAGAAGGAGAUUGGCAGCCUGGAGAAGUUCCUGCAGGACUAGUUCACCAACAUAUAUUGAAGAAGUUGAAAGACCUCAAAGCUCAAUCUAAGCAAACUGACAUCUACUUUACGCUGGACUAAUUUUUUGGGCCUGGGCUAACUGGCUUUGGAUAGGCCCAAGAAUCGGACUAAUCAAAGAACGGGCCACUGUACGAGUGAUGGGCUUGCAUGGAUUCCACGUCGAGGAGGUUUUGCAGGCUUGCCUAUUGGGGGUUGAUUUUAUUCGAAGAAAUCUGAAAUCCAAUCAUAGCCCAUGAUUGGUGGGGGGAAUAUGAAUCUGUGCAAUUGAGCUUUUUUACGCAAAAUCAUUACAGAUAGGGAGUGGGUUGGGUCGUUUCCUGGGUGAAUGGUGAAAUCAAAUAAAAUCGAAUCACCCCAAACCUUUCAAUCCCUUUCAACUUUGGUUUUUCAUGGGUUUUCAUUCUUCAGAAUUUUGUAAAUGUUUGUUGUACUUAUGAACAGUAAUUUUAGUUGGGGACUACAUGAAAUAGUUUGUACUCUGUUUUUACCUAAAAAAAGAAAAAACAGAGCACCCUGUUGAAUUCAUAUCCAUUCAUUCCCAUCAUGUAAUGCGUUAAAUGGUAUUGAUGCCUAUGUUUGGCUGUUCCAUCCCUCUCCUUCGGACUUUUCCCUAUAUAUCCAUCGGUUUUGUCGGCUCGGAUUGUCAAUGCCCCAAUCCUCUCUUGUCUCUGUUCCUUUCCAUUUCAUCCUCUUUUCCAUUUCCCUCCCACUGUUCUUGGCUCAGUCAUAUUCGUUCUACAGGGCAAGCUCGACCCUAGGAUAAUGCAUGUUGUCUCCAUACGUAGCUAGGCUCUGUUGAACAUGAGUCCGAGCUUUACAUGACUAUUAUGGCUAGGGUUCCUUAUGAGGGUAUUGGUAAAGCUUGCAUCUGAUGGCUGACUGAUGCAAUAGUGGAAAUUUGGUUGAACAUGACUAAUUGUGUCGCAUCGGUUUGGGGUUGGACCAACCAAAUCAAUUUGGUAUAAACACAAUAUGCAUUGUUAUAGUCGUUUAGACCAUAUACAAACAAGAUAAACGAGGAGCUCACGCGAAUGUGAUGUAUCAAGAAAGGACGCAAAUAAACUUGGUCAACCGUACGUCCAGUCCUCAUCAAUCUCUCGCUUGUCCUUCCAUCCAACAAGUGAAGAUGAAUAAACUUUAAUUUAACUCCAUGUUUUUUUAUUUAUUGUAGGGUUUCGAGUAAGUUAUAUAUUGGUUCUGGAUUUGACCCGGCGAUACGAUAGCAAAAGUUCUUUAGUACAUGACCUCUUUGAUGUAGUAAACUUGUGUACUCUUCUUCACAUAUAUGGGCGGUGGGUUGCCCUUUCCAAAGUCAUUUUUCGAGUAAAGAAAAGCCCUUUGGGUAAGGUUGAAGAGGGCAAACAUGCAAAAAGCAAAACCCUAGCUAGUUGGAUUCAUGGUCUUAGUAUUUGGAAGAAAAGAGACAAAGAACCAAGAAAGCAAGCCAUCCAAACCUACUAGAAACACAUGCUGCCAUGAAGUUAGGAUUAUAUAUGUAUGGAUGAAAUGUCAUAGGGUAGCUAGUCUGGCUUAGGCUGGUUCGAAACUGACUCAAGAAGCAAAGUAUGUUUUUUGCUCGCCUUCUUGUUUAGGGUUUAGUGUUCUUUAAAGUAGGGUCAUAAUUGAUGGUACUACCAAGUAAGAAAAUAGAACUAACAAACAAAUAUAAUAUAUUGUCACACUAUUUUUUAAAAAUUUCGACAAAAAUAUCGCUCAAGUUUGAAAUAACUAAUAUAAAGAUUAUUUUGUUCCGUCUAUUUUUAUAGAGCUUUCACUCGUCUGAUAAUUAAUUCGAUGGUUCUGCGUUACUGGUGGUGAGCUGAUAUGCUAACGAUGAACAUGUUGAACAAAGAACUUGCUGGAGAGAUGAAUAAAUUGACGGUUAAAUACGCCAGUUGUUCCAUACCCUUAUUCCUUACUACUUUGGUGAUGCAUUCAUCAAAAGUCAAAAGUCCAGUGACUGAUCUGUUUAUGAAUUAGUGAGCAAGGUAAGUCUAGUGUCUGACCAAUGGACCGAUCAAAGGUUCGUUUAGGUAUAACUUUAUAUAUAAUUCGAUAUGAUUUCAAUUACUAAAUGUACAAAUGGAUUAAAUCAAAACAAGUACGAUUUCGAUGAUAAAUAUAUGUUUAUUUUUUUUAUUUAAUUCUGAUUCCAAGAUUCCCUUUAAAUUUUUUUUAUAUAAAACCUGCUAUGCCAAUAUCUAAACGAUUGAACCAUCAACCAUGUCCACCCUAAAGCAACUAAACCUCAACCUUUUUCCCCUUCAUCUAAUGAUAUCAUAUUCCUAGCUAGCUAACUCAUCAGUAUUGGGUAGAAUGAGGUGCAUUGUUCCUGUUGAAUUGGGACCUUCCUCCCCUCCUAUACACAUUUUCAAUUUGGGAGAAGUUGAGUGCUUCAACCUGUGGCUGUUACCAUCUCAAUUUGUCAUUCCCACUGAACUCAGAGUAGUGCAAAAUAAUAUGGAAUUGAAAAUGAAGUGAUUCCAUAUAUAUGCAUGGUAUGAUGGCAAUGCCUUUUUAGCUUUGUAAAAGGAUUGGUGAUAGGGCAUGCAGACUAAGUGCUUUGUGGGUAUUCUCUAUCACCCAAUAUUUCUUCCCAAAGGAGGAAAUGCUCAUUAGGGAAAUGUGUUUUUAUUACCUGAUUUUGUUACUAUUGCUAUACUCUUUUGCAGUUUUGGCUCAAGGAUGCCAGUUUACCACUCCAUGGAUAAAGCUUAGGAUUUGAAGAAAAAAAGUUAUAUAUUCAUUUGCUACUGUUCAUAAGAGAUUGAGAGGUUGCAUAAGUACGUAACGAUUGUGUAUUCUUAUUCGUCAGUGUAUCUUGAAGUUUGCUUAUACCGUACGAUUCUGGGUGUUCGUAAUGACGAACACUUAUACAAAUUUUAAUAACCAUCACUUCUAGGAAACUUGCUUGACUUUAUUCUAGCGUUCUUGUCACCGGGAGAGUCAUUUAGUUCCCUAGAGAACAAAGUACUUAAUAAAUCCCAGAAAGCAAACAAGAACCUAACAAGUAACAACCAUGCAUAGAUUGUGAAAUCACCACGCCGAAUGAAACCGACGAGAGUUACCAUUCAAAUUGGAUAUACUAGAACAGUUAAAACAAUUCAUUACGAUAUCACGAUAAUUAAUAUCAUACUAGAUUCAUCACUAGCAUACACAUGAUUUAACAGGUACGAUAGAUAUCGGUACACAGAAAUUGGUGGUGGGGUAAAAAAGGAAGACCACCCACCAACCUUUCCACCAAGAUCUCUUUUCUCUUCCCCCAAUUUUCAUGCCAUGCCAUUUGAACCCAGCAAGCCUUAUCUCCUCUGGGUCUGAUCAGGUUGGGAGAGACAUUUUAUAUAUUGGUGUGUGACACUGUGUGUUAUAGUUUGUGCAUGUUUGCCCCCAGAGAUCCACUCAGAAGCUCAGAAACCCUAAAGGGUGAGUUAAAAAAGAAACAAAAGAGAAGAAAAGUGAAAGUGAUUGCAGAUUGCAGAUUGCUUUCAAAAGGAAUGAAGGGAAAGAAAAGUGGCAGUAAGUGAGUGAAUCUCCAAACACCAAAAACUCUUCUUCUGACUCAUAUCUCGUUCCUUUUUCUUUUUUACUUGCUUCAAAGGAAGACCCCAAAUUAAUUAUAGUUAAUUUCAUGGUGUUUUACUCUAUUUUUUAUGAGGCAAUAAAAAAUGUUACUGAAAAAUUACAAAAUUGUUUCAUAUCACAUGGACCAUGUAGUUGGACUGUACUAUAUGUCUGUCAAGCGCACUAUGAGACCACUCCAUAAUCACCUCAGGAUGAUUUUUGGCCACAGAGAUUGGAAUUGCAGUGGUCACUUUGAUUUCAUGACGAUUUCUCUAACUGCCUAGCUUUGUCUUCUAGAACUACUAACAUAAAGGGUUGCAACCGAAGUUUGAAAUAAUUAGUGUAAUAAUGAUUCUAUCGAUGC